UUUAUCCCACUGGUCUCUUCCCUGUUUGUCUUAUGGUUGAAUCCUUUUUCCCUCUCCUCUUUGGUUAGUUUCCUUUUUUUUUUGGACGAAUCUUUACCCAUUAAUGGAGCUUGAAGCUUCCUUCUGGUUUUUAGAAUCUCCUCAUUCCAUCUACUUCUUUCUUUUAUUAGCCACCAUAACUUUCUUUCUUUUAUCUCUAUUACUGUAUUAUUUACUGAGAUUAAAGCUCUGGUGCAACUGUGAGAUAUGCGAUGCUUAUCUCACCAUGAAUUGGACCAAUCAGUUCAAUAAUCUUUGUGAUUGGUAUGCUCAUCUUCUGAAGAACUCUGCUACCAAAACAAUUCAUAUUCAUGUUCUUGGUAAUACCAUCACAGCUAAUCCAGAAAACGUUGAGUAUAUGCUCAAGACGAGAUUUGAUAAUUACCCAAAAGGGAAACCUUUCUCCACCAUCUUGGGUGACUUUCUCGGCCGAGGUAUAUUCAACGUCGACGGUGACUUGUGGAAGUUUCAGCGAAAGAUGGCAAGUCUCGAGCUUGAUAGAUUCUCUAUAAGAGCAUAUGCAUUUGAGAUUGUUCGUUAUGAGAUUGAAGAUCGCCUUAUUCCACUGUUAUCAUCAGUUUCAGGGAAAGAAGAUGGCGUCUUGGAUUUACAAGACGUGUUUCGAAGAUUUUCAUUUGAUUGUAUAUGCAGAUUUUCUUUUGGUUUAGACCCCAGAUGCUUGGAGAUUCAUCUACCUCUGUCAGAUUUCGCUGUUGCCUUUGACCUAGCUUCGAAGUUAUCCGCCGAGAGAGCCAUGACUGUUUCUCCACUUAUUUGGAUGAUCAAAAGGAAGCUGAAUAUAGGGACUGAGAAGAAAAUGAAAGAAGCUAUCAAGUUGAUCAAUAUUUUAGCUCAAGAGGUGAUAAGGCAAAAGCGUAAGAUGGGAUUUUUAUCUCACAAGGAUCUCUUAUCUCGCUUUAUGCAUACUGUGAAUGAUGACAGUUACUUGAGAGAUAUUGUCAUAAGUUUCCUCUUGGCUGGCCGAGACACGGUGGCUUCAGCCUUAACCAGCUUCUUCUGGCUACUGGCUAAGUACCCACAAGUUGUUUCAGUAAUCCUUGAAGAGGCAAAUAGAGUUCUUGGACCCAACCAAGAGCUCACAAGCUAUGAACAAAUGAGAGAUCUCCAUUAUUUACAAGCAGCAGUUUAUGAAAGUAUGAGACUUUAUCCACCAAUCCAAUUUGAUUCCAAGUUUUGUGAAGAAGAUGAUAUUUUACCAGAUGGGACUUUGGUGAAGAGAGGAACCAGGGUUACUUACCAUCCAUACGCCAUGGGAAGAAUUGAAGAACUCUGGGGUUCAGAUUGCUUAGAAUUCAAGCCAGAAAGGUGGUUGAGAGAUGGCACCUUUUUCCCUGAAAAUCCUUACAAGUAUCCAGUUUUCCAAGCAGGACUAAGGAUCUGUUUGGGAAAAGAAAUGGCUUUAUUGGAGCUUAAAUGUGUGGCUAUUUCAUUACUUAGACGAUUUCAACUCCAAUUAGUGACCUCAUGUCACAAUCCUCGAUUCUCCCCAGGCUUGACAGCCACCUUUAGCGGUGGGCUUCCGGUUCUGGUACGAGCAAAGGAACCUAAUCCUCAUCAGUCAUCAUAGUACUGUGUCUCUCUCUCUCUCUUUCUUUCUCUCUCUCUCUCUCUCUCUAUCUAUAUGUAAAAUUAAUUAUUUACCUGUGAAAUUAAAUGUGAUGAUCACAUUGCAAUUAUAUGGUGUGGAAUAUUGAUUAGUGCAUCUACCAAUCAAUGUACGAGGUGGGUGUUAAUGGGCUACAAGUGUUUAAGCACCAUUACAAGAAUGUCUGGUUUGUAUCGGCGGGAUUUGGGACUUUUAUCUUCAUCUACUGCUCUCAAAUUGUGCAGGUAUGUAGAUUUUUUUUCCCCACAUCUAGGAUUGCUGCUUUUCUGAUCAUCUGUUUUGAGGGUACAUGAACAAAUAGGUUAAUUUCUACUGUGUACUCUUCAUACAUAGAACAUGCAUGAAUUAUCUCUUCUUGUAUAUCUACUGCUUAAUGGAAGUUUUUGCAACUUCCUUUGGAUUAUUAUUAUUAUUAUUGAAUUUUUCAAUGGAUUCAGUGAUUGUGGUA